UCACAAAAGCUUGUGUUUUGUUGUGAUUUUAUGGCUUUCGGCUUGUUUUUAGCCUAAACAUUAGAGAAAAAUAUUUAAUUAUAAUACGUAUUCAGUAAAUAAUGCUAAAAUUAUAAAUAAUUAAUCAUGUUUUAUCAUAUUUCUCUAGAACACGAAGUUCUUUUGCACCCUAGAUACUUUGGGCCCCAGUUGCUAGACACAGUUAAAGAAAAGCUUUAUACAGAAGUAGAAGGAACAUGUACAGGAAAAUACGGUUUUGUUAUAGCAGUGACAACAAUAGAUAGUAUUGGAGCUGGGCUUAUACAACCCGGUCAGGGUUUUGUAGUCUAUCCAGUUAAAUAUAAGGCAAUUGUAUUUAGACCAUUCAAAGGAGAAGUUUUAGACGCGAUUGUCACACAAGUUAAUAAGGUUGGAAUGUUUGCACAAAUAGGACCAUUGAGCUGUUUCAUUUCUCACCAUUCAAUACCAGCAGAUAUGGAGUUCUGUCCCAAUGUGAAUCCUCCUUGCUAUAAAAGUAAACAGGAAGAUAAUGUCAUUCAAGAGGAAGAUGUUAUCAGAUUAAAAAUUGUUGGAACCAGGGUCGAUGCUACAGGCAUUUUUGCAAUCGGGACACUCAUGGAUGAUUAUCUAGGAUUAGUGACACAAUAAUUUAUAAGAUUUAUUAUAUUUAAUGAUGAAAUAAAACAUCUUUCAUA